AUGGAAGCCAAGGUUCAUGAUGCUACCAAUAAUGAACCUUGGGGUGCAUCGACAUCUCUUAUGCAAGAGAUUGCUCAAGGCACAUAUAACUACCAGUAUUUCAAUGAAAUUAUGCCUACCAUUUAUAGGCGGUUCACCGAAAAAGCACCUAAUCAAUGGCGUCAGAUAUAUAAGGCUUUAGUGCUCUUGGAAUACCUUAUCAAAAAUGGAUCUGAACGGGUAGUGGAUGAUGCUCGUUCUCAUGUAUCCAUGAUAAAAAUUAUGCGCAAUUUCUACUAUAUUGAUGAUAAAGGCAAGGAUGAGGGUUUGAAUGUCCGUAACAGAGCGAAAGAAAUUGUAGAGUUAUUGGGCAAUACAGAAAAGAUUAGAGCAGAACGUAAACUAGCGAGGAAGAACCGUAAUAAAUAUGUCGGUGUAAGCUCUGAUGCUGCUGGUGGCAUAGGUUCCACAGGUAUCAGAGGAGGGUUUUCUUCUUCUAGUGGAUCAUCUUCAAGGUUCGUUGGUUUUGGUAGCGAUUCCUUGUUCGGUAGAAGCGGAGGUAGCAGUACAGGGCAUGGCAUCAGCUUCAAUGGUGAUGCAAUGAGCUUUGGCGAGGAGACGCCAUAUCCUCAUCAAACAGGAAAAUAUGAUUUAGAUGACGAUGAGGAGGAUUUUGAUAGCAAUAGUAAUAAGAACAGCAGAGAAGAUGAAGAUGAUUUUGCAGAAUAUACCUCUGCUACUUCUGCGAGUAAAGACAAAGGAAACCAACAUACGGACGACGAAGAUGAUUGGGGAGACUUUACAUGUGGUGAACAACCCAGUGUGACCAAUAUGAAGGCGAAUGAGAGUAAUAUUUUGGAUGAUGAUUUUGCUGAUUUUCAAAGUGCCAGAAAUGACCUCGUCUUUACAUCUGCAGCAACUCCAACGACAAGUAGCACCAACAAAGCAGCUCAGCAAAACUUGUUUGAUUUAUUAGAUGAUACUGCUAGCCCAACUACAGCCGCAUCUUUAUCGCCCUCUACUACAGCUGCUAAUAAUAUUAACCUAUCUACAUUUGAAGCAAAGCAACCUAUAACCCCUUCCUCAGCCAAUAACGGUUUUUCCAGUAGUCAACAACAAACAACGCAACCAUCAAACAAGCCGACCCCAACAACGGUUUCAGAAGAAAAGAAAAAAGAUACUCCUCUGGGCAUGUGGGCGCAAGCGUCUAACUUUGUCUCUCUUGAUUCGUUGGGUAAGAAGCCUCAAAACAACAGUGCAGUCGCUGGUCCCUCUAUAAACUCAUUAAAGCAUACAAGUGUGCAAGCCAGUUGGAAUAAUUGGGCCAAUAAUAACAGCCAAUCACCUACUCCAAGCACAAAACCUGUUACUGCCAAUGCUGCUACUUCCUCUUCCCCUACACCUUUUGGUGACCUUUUAGGUUAA